UUUUUCCUUUCUGGAACGCCUAACUUCAGAAUAAUUCAAUGGGAAGGUUGAACGCGAAGCAUGACGCUCCGGUGAAAAGUCCGUUAAGAUUUUCUUUGUGGGUUUAGCGCUCUGGAGUGUAAAGAAUACAACCGAAAACUAUUUCCGUACCGAAAACGAUUCCUUGAACAGAAGAUGAUGUCAGAUGCCAGUGAGAUGUUGGCGGCGGCCUUGGAGCAGAUGGAUGGGAUCAUUGCAGGCUCCAAGGCCAUUGAUUACUCCAACGGGCUGUUUGACUGCCAGUCGCCCACAUCUCCCUUCCUGGGCGGCUUCCGGGUGCUUCACCUUCUGGAGGACCUCAGAGCAGCGCUGGAGCUGAUGGACAAUGAGGAGCGGGACAACCUGCGCUGUCAGAUCCCAGAUUCCACUGCAGAGGGACUGGCACAGUGGCUGCAUGGAAGAACCACCAACGUCCACAGCUCUGAGGCAGGCUAUCAAGACCGUCUUUCACGACUGGAGAGUGACAAAGAGUGUCUUAUUCUCCAGGUCAGUGUGUUGACAGACCAGGUGGAGGUGCAGGGAGAAAAGAUUCGGGACUUGGACAAGAGUCUGGAACUUCAUCGGGAGAAGCUGAAUGCUGCUGAGGAGCUCCUUCAACAGGAGCUGUUAAAGCGGACGGCGCUGGAGACCCAGAAGCUGGAGUUGAUGACCGAGGUGUCAAGCCUGAAACUGAAGCUAACCGCUUUGGAGAGGGAUCACAGGGGCAAUGAGGGUUUGUACCAGGAAGUGACAGACCUGAGGUUCAGGAUUACUGACAUGGAGAAUGAAAGACUGCAGUGUGAGAAGAAACUAAAAGGAGCCAAACAUCCAAAGGGGAACUCAAAGCGCUUCACUGGAGAUGAGGAGGAGCUGCAGGAUCUGGAGAGGCAUCUGGAGGAGCGAGACGAGGAGCUGAGGAGGUUGAAGGGGGAGACCCACAACAGAAUUGCGGGGGGAGAAAGAGGUGCAAUCUGUUUUCUUAACGAUACAGAGAUGGUGAAGAUGAAGAGGGUGUUGGAGCUGCUGACGUCAGAGAACGACGAGAAGGAGAGAAGGAUUAAAGAGCUUGAGGAGUCAUUGACGAAGUGCAGGAGAGUGCAGGAGUUAGUAAGAGAGAAGCUAAAAGAAGAUGACUACGCUGAUGUCACAGAUGAUCCCUCGCUUUCCGUGUCCAUGGAGGUGGAUCAGGUCACCCUGGAGUUGGAGGGGGAAGCAGGAAGGAGCUGUGAUGAGUCUAUACCAUGCAUAGCAGUGCUCUCAGAAAUGAAUGAACUGGACAAAGAACGACAGCUACAAGCAGCACAAAGCUCCUUAGAUGAUCCACACAGUGACGGUUUGACUGGGACCGGCAGCACUGAGCAGGUUAAAAGCAAAGCAGGAACUAGUUCCUUAUCUAAGGGAAACACAAGCGAUGGGAAUUUUGGCAGCAAAAAGGUCCGUGCCUCAUUCGGCCGCGGCUUCUUUAAGCUGCGAGGAGGCAAACAGACAGCCAGCUCGCCCAACCUUGCUGAGACUGAACGUAAAGGCACGGAGCACCUUGAUCUCGCUGGUGUUCCUCCACAAAAACCCCACGAUGCAGCUCCUCUUCCGUCGUCUCCAGAAACCAAGAAGAAGUCAAGCGGGUUGAGGAAAUUUUUUGGCAGGCUAAAGAGGAGCCACUCCACCUCGUUCAACCUGGACGAUGGAGCUGAGACGGAGUUCAGGAGGGGCGGAGUCAGAGCCACCGCUGGCCCUCGGCUCGGAUGGUCACGUGACUCAAAACACAAGGCCGUUGAUGUUCCUUUCUCUCGCUGGAGUAAAGAGGACGUUUGUGCCUGGCUACAGGAGCAGGGCCUUGGCCUGUACGCAGCUCAGGGACAGAACUGGAUCAAAUCCGGACAAACAUUACUGCAGGCAUCACAACAUGAUCUGGAGAAGGAGCUGGGAAUGAAGUUGCCGCUUCUCAGGAAGAAACUGCAGCUUGCCCUGCAGGCUCACGGCUCAGAGGGCGAUGACCUUCAGGGCAAGCUGGACCACAACUGGGUCACCAGAUGGCUGGAUGACAUCGGCCUCCCGCAGUACAAGAGCAACUUUGAUGAAGCCCGAGUUGAUGGACGCAUGUUGCAAUACAUGACAGUGGAAGAUCUGCUGUCGCUGAAGGUUGGGAGUGUUCUUCAUCACCUCAGCAUCAAGAGGGCCAUUCAGGUCCUGCGUCUGAACUCCUAUGAACCGAACUGUCUGAGGCGACGCCCCUCUGAUGAGAACAACAUCACGCCGGCUGAGAUCUCCCAGUGGACCAACCACAGAGUGAUGGAGUGGCUGCGCUCCGUAGAUCUGGCAGAAUACGCUCCCAACCUUAGAGGGAGCGGAGUUCACGGAGGACUGAUGGUGUUGGACCCUAGAUUCAACGUGGAAGCACUCGCCCUCCUGCUCAACAUUCCUCCCAGCAAAACCCUGCUGAGACGCCACCUGGCUACACACUUCCACCUGCUUGUCGGCUCCGAGGCGCAGCAGCUCAAACAGGAGUGUCUGGAAAACCCGGAUUACACUGUCCUCACUGCUACUGCUAAGGUUAAGCCAAGACGUUCAUCUUUUGGUGGUCUUGGCUCUCUGAGGAGGAAACGUCAGGAUGAUGGGGAGGACUACAUCUGUCCUAUGAAUGUGGAAAUGCCCAAGAGCAGCAGCUUCCAGAGAAAUGUCCACAUCUAUGAGGAAACCCUGGACCACUUGGAGCAGAUGGAAGAUUCUGAAGGAACCGUCAGACAGAUUGGGGCGUUCUCAGAGGGAAUCAAUAAUCUGACGAGCAUGCUGAAGGAAGACGAGCUGUUCCAGGUGAUCUCAAUUUGUCCCUCAGAGGACAAAACAGAAGCAAACCACUCCUCCACCUGAGUAUCAGCCUGCAGCUUUCACCUGACCAAAUAUUUAGUCUCCAUACUGUAUUUAUUGAGGUUUCUCACAAUAUGCAUGAACUGAAAAUCUCUCCCUUUAACUAUGAGGAUCUGCUAUUUUGUGCGUGGUACAGGGAGCUGCUUUGUUACAAUAAAUUCAUUUAGCAGGAAGCAGCUAGACCUUUUACAUAUCUUGAAUUUUCUUCAUUGUAAAAUAGUUAGGAUUGGUGUGCAGUGGUUCUGUCUUUAGACAACUGGGAAGAAACUCAACUUACCAAGCAUCUGUGGUACCAUGGUAGCUGUUGCAUACUGCAACUGGACUCAAUUAAUCAGUGGGAGCGUGAUCUGGCAACAUGAAUGUUGAAAAGAUUACAAUCUAAUCAACUGCAUCAUGCAAAUUUGACUUGUUUUACAAUUGGGUCCAGUUCUAACUGCACCCCAGGUACCAAACUUCUACAUUAAGCAGCUCUUCUUGUGAUUUCUUUCCCUUUAGAGACAUUUUUGCCACUGUGAGCAACAAUGAAGUUAAAGGGACAGUUCAUAAGUGGUUAAAUCUUACCAUGCCCUUCUAGGUGCCUUCACUUAGUCUAAAAUCAGAUUGGACAGACCUGAAAGCUUAAACUCUGUUCAAUGAACCUUUAAAGAUGGCAAUUGUAGAAGUCUGAGGUGCUUGCCAUCAAUGACCUUGUCUGAAAUAGGAAGAUCAUCCAGCAGUCAUGACAGUUGAAAGGGUAAUAAAAAAGUUAGGAUAAACCAUUCUUACUAAAUAAGCUCACCUUAAAAAUCCUGAACUAUCCCUUUAAGGCAAAAACUGUGAAGCAGAAAGUCACAAAUUGUGUUUUUAGGAGGAAAAGCCAAAUCUUUGUUGUGCAUAUGAAUUGUUUUGGUAAUAAAAUCUAAUUAACUAUU